AUGUUACCCCCGAUUACACUCUUCUGCCUCGCGGUAGGCACAUUAUUUCUCUUCUCUCGCCUAUUGUCUAUUGGUAAACGACCGAAGAAUUAUCCCCCUGGGCCUCCUACAUUGCCGAUUAUCGGGAAUAUUCAUCAGAUGCCAAACCACGAUGCCCACUUGCAAUUCGAGAAAUGGGCACGUGAAUACGGUCCUAUCUAUAGUCUGAUGCUGGGCACGAAGUGCCUUAUUGUCAUCUCGAGCGAAGAAGCUGUUAAGGAACUCCUCGACCGCCGGAGCCGCAUCUACUCCCAUCGCCAGGAUAUGUAUAUUGGACAGACGCUGUGCAGUGGUGGACUUCGCGUUCUCAUGAUGGGCUACGGCCCGACCUGGCGCAUGUGCCGCAAAAUGAUCCACGGUCUCCUCAACGUCGUAACCUCAAAAUCCUACCUCCCCUACCAAGUGCUCGAGAACAAGCAAAUGCUGUACCAAUUCCUCACCGAGCCCAACGACUUCCUCAAGCACAUCCGGCGGUACUCCAACGCGCUGACAACAACAAUGGUCUUUGGCUGGCGCACACCCACCUACGAAGAUCCCAAGAUGAUGCAGCUUUUUGAUGGGUUCUCCGAGUUUUCGGAUAUCAACCAGACCGGCACAGCGGCGAUGGUUGAUUUCUUUCCGCUUCUGGGCAAGUUGCCGGAGUUUCUUGUGCCGGCGCAGCGGAAGGCAAAGGAGUUGCAUAAAAACGAGAAGGCGCUUUAUUUAAGUCAUUGGCUACAGGCGAAAAAGGAUAUUCGGGCUGGUACUAUCAAGCCAUGUUUCUGCAAGGGCAUGUUUGAGGCGCAGAAGUCUGAGGGUUUCAGUGAUGACCAGGCUGCUUAUAUCUCCGGAACUCUCCUGGAAGCUGGCUCUGACACUACUUCUUCCACGCUCUACGCCUUCGUCCAAGCAAUGCUCGUCUAUCCCGACGUGCAGCAAAAAGCACAAGCCGAAAUCGACCGCGUCAUCGGCCCCUCCCGCAUCCCAUCCAUGGAUGACAUCGAUGCCCUCCCUUACAUCCGCUGCAUCAUGAAAGAAACACUCCGCUGGAUGCCCACAACCAUCAUGGGUGCCGUCCCGCAUGCAGUCACCCAAGACGAUGAGUAUAUGGGCUACUUUAUCCCCGCGGGCGCAGGAGUCCUCCACAACGUCUGGGCCAUCCACAUGGAUCCCGACCGGCACCCCAAACCCCGCCGCUUCAACCCAGACCGGUACUCCGGCGACGAGCAGAGUCUGGGCGAUGCAGCUGCGAACCCUGACCCAUCAAAGCGCGAUGUCUUCACAUUCGGUGCGGGGCGGCGCAUUUGCCCUGGUAUUCAUGUUGCAGAGAGGAGUUUGUUUCUGGGUAUGGCGCGGAUUCUGUGGGCAUUUGACAUUCUACCCAAGAUUAAUGUGAGGACAGGGGAGAAAAUUAUGCCUGAUACAGAGAGGUUGACGCAGGGAUUUGUUUGUAUGCCAGAGCCGUUUGAGGCGGACAUUAAACCUCGGUCGAAAGAGAGGGCGGGUGUUGUGGUUAGGGAGUGGGAGGAGGCGAGGAAGGAGAAUUUGGAUGAGAGGUUGCAGUGGACAACGCAGUAG